CCUGCACGCGUGCGCUCAGUUACUCCUGCUAUCGUUUAUAAGUGAAUGACCUUUUCCUCGUCGUGUAAUGUCUUACUGGUGAGGGAUUGGUUUUGAAGAUAAUAAAGCUAGGCUUCACUAUUCUUCGUUUCUCACUUGCUGAUGGGCAAGUUGUUCUGAGCCUUUCACACUAGCUAUACUCAAUAUAUGACGACUCGGGCGAGAACACCUGUAGCUUUUGGUACGAACAACUUCUCGUUGGUGAUCCAUGUGGACCUCAUUAUUUUCAACCUGAAGAUCACUGUUAUCCGCGGCGCAAUGUCGGUUUCGUGAACUUUUGCUCCGAGGUAUAUAGAGUCGGAGUCUGCACCACGGUGCUCUACCCGACAUUAACCUUCUGCAUAACUUGGUCAAGAAGGUAUACAAAUGCUCUCCGUCCAGCCGGACACCAAGCCAAAGGGCUGUGCCGGCUGCAACCGGAAGAUCAAGGACCGCUACCUGCUCAAGGCCCUGGACAAGUACUGGCACGAAGACUGCCUGAAGUGUGCGUGCUGUGACUGCCGGCUGGGCGAGGUGGGCUCCACCCUCUACACCAAAGCCAACCUCAUCCUGUGCCGGCGGGACUACCUCCGGCUGUUCGGCGUGACGGGAAACUGCGCGGCCUGCAGCAAGCUCAUCCCAGCGUUUGAGAUGGUCAUGAGGGCCAAGGAGAAUGUCUAUCAUCUGGACUGCUUCGCCUGCCAGCUCUGCAACCAGAGGUUUUGUGUGGGAGACAAAUUCUUCCUGAAAAACAACAUGAUCUUGUGCCAGACAGACUACGAAGAGGGCCUGAUGAAGGAAGGCUACGCCCCGCAGGUCCGCUGACCCCUGCACGACCCCUCCGCACGUGGGGAAGAGAGCUGAGAGAGGACCUGAAAGGGGACAUACAAUCAGACAGCAAAAGCACUAACAUCCUCUCCAGCCCCUGUCCUUGAAAAUGUACAUAAGAAACGCCCACUUUUGGGCACUGCUGUACAGAAUAGCCAUAGAGACGUUUUGUGAGUGGGAAGGGGGUUUUCACAAGUCCCCCCUAAGAGCAAAGUGACUGUGUACUUGGACAUUGCUGUGGCUCUUUUGAAAUGACCCUGCCUCUCCCCCACCCCCAAGAACCCAUGGCCUUAAAGAAAUAUUUGACUCCCAAGGCCUAACACCUCAGCUACAUACACACACAUUCACACUCUCUUACAUACAUACACACACAAACACCCAACCCUGAAAAACACAACCACAGUCUUCUCCAAGACCCCUCUCCAAGUCACAGUGACCCCCAUUUCACUCCCUUUACAGGCUGAGGACCACAAAAAAAGAGAAAAAAAAAGCAAGAGAAAACAAUCAGCACACUGAUUGGCGAAAAGGCAUGAGUGUGGUACCAUCAGCCAGCAGCAAGGGAGCCAUGUCAACAUACGAUCUCAGGUUGAGUGGGUUUCCUUAUUUCUCUUUUCUGUUACUUUUCUUCUCUUUUCCCUGUGCAAGAGAGAAAAAGAGUCUGAUAGGCAGUCAUCCCUGUAGCCCUGUGCAGCUGGGCACCACCCAGCUCCCUCCCUCUGACUCUCUGCUCCUGACUCAUGGGUUCUGCAGACCUGCCCGGGAUGGCUACACUCAGUGACGCAACUUUAUUAUUAAGAUAAUCCGUGUCCUGCAAAAAAAAAAAAAA